AUGUUUUCGAAAAAAUAAUAGGCUCCUUUUAAGGUUCAUUUAUCAAUGAUAAUAUUACAAAUAUUUCAUUUCAUAAGAUAACUGAUAUCUUACUAUUAUCGUAAGGAUUAAUUUGUCAUAUUUUUGAUGUCGAAUUGUUUAUUCCAAAUGGCAUCAGAAGUCUUAUUAAUUAAUAAGAUGAAAUUUGGCUAAAAGAAUGUAUAAUUUGUAUUCAUAUUGAUUAAUGUUGUUCUCUUUUAGGUAGAAUCAAUUAAAUAUGGCUUUGAAAAUGUGGAAUGUAAUUCAUUGUUUAUCAUUAUAAUAUUUUUACUGAAAGAUUGUUAACACUAACAUACUAAUACUGAAAAAAAAAUUUAGUAAGCGAUGAAAAUUGGUUUACUUUUAGUUAUUUUUUUCAGUUUCACACACUUUAAAUUGGAUAUUGAAGAUAAUAGAACUAUUUUUUAUUAUUUUAGAAUUUUUAAUUAGAAGUUAAAUGUAGCACUUUCUAUUUACCUAUUAUCGGAGGAAAAUGAAAAAUAAGAUUAAGAAAAGAAAAUGCAUUGUUUGUCGAUUAUAGAUGAAAAAGUUAUACCAAUGUAAUAAAAAGUACUGGAAUAGAGGGAAUGUCGAAAAAAAGGAACAAAAAGAUAUUCCUUUUAGGAAUUAAGUGAGUUGAUUACUGAAAGAAAAUUAACUUAUUAAAAAUACUAAUCUACUUUUUCUAUUGAUGAAAAUAUAUUAUUAGAAUUUUUAUCAGAAGCAGUAAUAAUUAUUAAGUUUGAGAAAAAUGAAGACUCUAUCUAUAAACCUCGAGUUGAUUAUUAAAAUUCAAUAAGUAAAGUUAUGUUUUAGAAGAGUAAUUCAGAUUUAAUAACAUUUUUUGAAAAAAUUUCCAGUGAAAUUCUAAGCGAUGAUUCACCUGUUAAUCCUAGAAGCUCUCUAUUAUCAUUUUAGAGUCUUGCAUAACAAUAGUAUAAAAAUAUGAAAAGAUCAAAUAAAUUUAACCCAUAAUAAUUUAUAGUAACAGAGUUAAAACCAAAUAUAAAAUGUGGAGAUCAAUCUCUCUCGCCAAGAUUGAGAUCUUUAACCAUUUAAUUAAAUACUGUUUAGAAAUGUAUGUACUAUGUUUUUAAUACAAAGAGGUAACGGUUUGAAGUGAAUGGCAAAGCAGAAGCUUUGAUAAUUGAAACAAACUUUGAGAUUGAUGGCUAAAAAAAAACUGUAGAAAUAAUCAUUACAAUUGGGGGUGAAGACCAAAUACUUAUGAUAGCGAGAGAUGUAAUGCAUAGAAAAAACAUAAAAGAACUUCUAGAAAUAAAUUAAUCUAAAUCUAAGAUUUUAUCAUUUGUAAGUCAUGAAUUUAGAUCUCCAUUAAAUGUUAUGAUAAAUGUUCUCUAAAAUAUGAAAUAGGAUAAUAGUAUUAGUGAUUCGGUAUUGUAAAAUCUUACAAUUGUUUUGGAGAAUUCUUUUUACAUGCUAAAUUUGUCCAAUGAUUUGCUUGAUUUAGCUCAAAUUAAAAAUGAAACCUUUAGUUUAAAUUUAAAAACAAUGGAUAUUAUACAAUUAGGAGAAGAAUGCAUCAAAAUGUUUUAAUUAUAGGCCAGACAAAAAAACAUAUUGUUAUUUAUAAAGACUAAUAUUAAACCAUUAUAUUUAUACACUGAUAGGAAUAGAUUGAAAUAGAUAAUUAUAAAUCUAUUAGCAAAUGCGAUGAAAUUCACAUCUAAAGGGAAUAUAAUAAUUAAGAUUUAAUAAAAAGGGUUGUUAGUGGACAUUGGAGUUGAAGAUACUGGCUUAGGAAUCUCAUAAUAAGAUCAAUCUAAACUAUUUAAAGCUUUUGGCAAACUCAAAGAUAGGGAACAUUAGAAAUUAAAUGAAUAAGGAGUUGGCCUAGGUCUAGUAAUUAGUCAUAAAAUAGCAUAAUAAUUAUCAUUUGAUGGAUAAGGAUUAUAAGUAAUUUCUAAAGAUGCAACUUAAGAAGACCAUGGAUCAUACUUUUAUUUGACACUAAAAAUUAAGUAUUUUCACACAAAAACCAAUUUAUAUUAACUUUAGCAAGUCUAAAUUAACGAUAAAGAGUCUCUAAUAUAAGACACAUAAAUAGAGUUUUAAUAAAUUAGACUAACAAUUAAUAAAGAUGCUCAUUCUUUUGCUGAUGCUGAAAAAUUUUCUGUUAAAAGCACUUGUAAACAUAUCCUAAUAGUUGAUGAUAACAUAUUCAACUAAGACGUUUUAGAAAUGCUUAUAAAAUAAUUUACAAAUACUCAAAUUGAUAAAAGUAAUAGCGGAUUAGAAGCAAUUGAGUCUGUGAAAUCUAAGAAAUGCAAUGAAAGCUGUAUAGGGUAUUAAGCCAUAUUUAUGGAUAUGGAGAUGCCAGGUUUAAAUGGAAUGUAAGCAUCUGCCCAAAUUUUAAAAAUUGAUCCAAAAAUUAAAAUAUUCAUAGUUUCUGGAUAUGAUAAAUCUCAAUUUGAUGGGGAAGUCAAUACUAUUAGGAUUAAAGAUUAUAUUGUAAAACCAAUCCAUAAAGAUGUCAUUUAAAAGAUAAUAUUAGAAAAUUAUCUAUGA